CCCCAUCCCCUCUCUCUCUCUCUCUCUCUCACACUAAAAUCUAAAAACCCAUCCCUCUCUUUCUCAGUUUCGAGCUUUCAACACCGGCGCUAUUCGGAAUUAUAUAAUAGUAGCCAACCCCAAACGAGAAUAACACACGGCAACGGUUAUCACGCGGAACCGCUGCGCACCCGUGAAACCUAGAGAAAGCAAGUGAAACUUGUGGACAGAAAAACUCAUCUUAGAGAGAGAAAGAGGGACGCGGAGAGAGAGGGAUGGGGGAUUGCCGGCCUCUUGGGUUUCUGAUCGGUCUGCCCUUUGCUCUGGUUGCUCUGCUCCUAUCGCUCGUGGGUGCCGUCGUAUGGGUCAUUGGGUCUGUAUUGAGUUGUAUCUGCCCCUGUUGCAUAUGUUGUGCAGGGCUGGCUAAUCUGGCCAUGGCUCUCAUAAAGCUCCCUAUCAAGAUUAUUAGAUGGUUCACUGAUUCCAUACCUUGCUAACAGAAAACAACGCCUUUCUCUCCCAUUUAUUUUUUUUAAAUAGGUUUAAAUUUAGUGGAUUGUUUGUUUCCUCACCCCUCUUACUUUUGGUGUAUUUGGGUUUCUCUUCUUUUUUUUAUUUUUAUUUUUUUUGUUGGUUUUUUUUUUCCAUGUAAGGUGUGAGAUUGAUGUAAAAGAAUAAAUGACUUGUAUUUUGUACUC